CUUGGCGUCGAUGAACAGCUCGCUGUGCCCCUGAUGGAUUCCAGGCAGGUGGGGUCAGACGGAGCUUCGACGUCGCUUCGGUCGCUCCCUCGUCAGAGGUCGUCACCACCCAACGACCCUAUCUACCGUACCGUUAUCAAACAUCACCAACCAACCCCACCGGCACAAUGAACCGUCGCAUGUUGAGUAAAGAGGACGAGGAGGCGGCCGGCGACGAGAUCGAGGUCCGUCGCGAGGACCAGGACAAGAUCAACAGGUUCAGCCGAUUGCACCAGCGCGAACUCGCCCUCGAAGAGGAGCUCAAGAACAAGAACAAGGAGAAGGAGGAGCUCGACGAUUUGGAAACCGAGCUCGAGCUUGUCGAGGACGAGGACGAGCUUGUCCAGUACAAGAUCGGCGAUUCCUUUUUCCACAUUCCCCUCGAACAAGCCAAGGAGAUGCUCGGCAUCGCGGCCGCAAAACUCAUCAAGGAGAUCGAAGCCCUCGAUGACAAGCUUGAGACCAUCCGCAAGGAGAUGACUGGGCUCAAGGUGGAAUUGUACGCAAGAUUUGGAAAGACAAUCAACCUCGAGACAUGAGAUCAUGCCCGCAAACCAUUUUGCCGCCUUACAUCACUUUCGACGAGUGUGAAUAAUGCUUCCGUGUACAACACUGGCAACAGUUCCAUCGACCAGGGCUGAGCAGUCGCUACCAACUUAUACCACGUCAGCAACAUGAUCAAACUCUUGGGCAAUUUACUGGAUAUAGCGUGGAUGUUAUGUCACCCAAAGUCCCUCAGGUAGAGGCCAGACUCUUUUCGUGGUGCCGGCAGGUCAAAUGCCCAAUGAAGCAUGUUUGCAGCUCGCAGCGCCUGUACUGCAAGCCGCUCGCUGCCGGGCCUCGGCCCUAUCACCAUAUUCCACUGUCAACGGCUGGCUGUCAGUGGG